AUGGAUCGCAAGGCCAAUGAGCAGUACCUUGCCGAUUCCCCGCCCACUGUUGUCCGGCUGGAGAUCAAACAACACUUUGAUGCGUUGAAAGACGAGAAAUUGAAACGAUACGCGCACCACAUUAGCAGAGCAGCAUUCCUAGGGACUAGAAUUACUCUUCGCCAAGUCUCUCCGGAAUCAGAACCCAUAUACGAUCUAAUAUUAUCCUUGUAUCGCGCGUGCAACGGCGAUUGGAAGUCCCUAGGUGACAAGACAGCCGUUAGCCAGAGCGAAGUACAGCACUUUCUUGAAUAUGCUGCUCAGUUUCUAGGAAAUUGUGGAAACUAUAAAGGCUUUGGUGACUCUAAAUUCGUACCUAGAAUUCCAGAGAAUUUGUUCAGGCAGCUGGCAUCCGCGACAGAUGAAUCUAAGAAAGCAUUCGAAACCGCUUCCACAACUGGAGGCGGCAUUUAUGUCACCUCCUCCCUUGCCUUGAUGCAUCUAGGAUACCCAGAGGAUGGCCAUAUGACAACAUACUAUCCCGACUCCCCUACAAUUACGAAAGAAGAGAUCACCCUGGUGGGCGAUUUCUUAGAAAAGAAAAAGUUACUCCUUGAAAACACAAGAUUACGCAAGACGAAGAAUGGGGACUUCGAACUACUAAUAGCCUCGGCACAAAAGAACCCAGCGGGCCGUGAUAGAGAUGUUGGCGAUGUCAAUGGAUGGCCCUUAGAUGGAAAGUUGGAAGGGAAACAACUUACUCUAGUUUAUGGAGAUUACGCAGACCUCCUGGAGAAAAUAACUAAAAGCUGCAUGCAGGCAGGCUUGAAUCCAGCCAAUGAUAUCCAGAAGAACAUGUACGAACAAUAUGCCAAGUCAUUCUCUACCGGGUCUUUGGAGGCCUAUAAGGAAAGCCAACGGUUUUGGAUCAGAGACAAAGGGCCUAUGGUAGAAUCCGAUUUGGGAUUUGUCGAGACAUACCGUGACCCUCAUGGUGUUCGAGGAGAAUGGGAGGGCUUCGCCGCUAUGGUGAAUCAAGAGCGUACAAAAUCGUUUGAAAAGCUGGUUGCCAAUGCUCCUAGCUUUAUUCCAAAGCUUCCCUGGGGUAAGGACUUUGAGAAGGACAAAUUUCAUAGCCCAGAUUUUACUUCUCUGGAAGUUUUAACUUUUGCGGGAAGUGGAAUUCCCGCUGGAAUCAAUAUCCCGAAUUACGAUGAUAUUCGGCAGAAUUUGGGUUUCAAAAAUGUUUCACUUGGGAAUGUUUUGAGUGCAAAAGCCCCAAACGAACCCGUUCCUUUUAUUCGUUCGGAGGAUUUGGAGAUUUUCCGAAAAUACCGAGACCCUGCCUUUGAAGUUCAAGUCGGUGUUCACGAACUUCUAGGCCAUGGAACUGGCAAACUCUUACAGGAGACUGCUCCCGGCGAAUAUAAUUUUGACGUUUCCAACCCUCCUAUUAGCCCAAUCACAAAUAAACCUAUUUCUACAUGGUAUAAACCAGGUCAGACCUGGAGCUCGGUAUUUGGACCUAUCGCCUCCUCAUACGAGGAAUGCCGUGCAGAAUGUGUUGCUAUGGCUCUUGGAUGUGAUUUUGAAAUCUUGAAACUUUUCGGUUUCGGUGACGGCCACAUCGACCUUGAUGGCGAAGCGGGGGAUGUGCUUUAUGUCAGCUACCUAACCAUGGCCCGAGCCGGUAUCACGGCGUUAGAGUUUUGGGACCCCAAAAGCCAGAAAUGGGGACAGGCACAUAUGCAAGCGAGAUUCAGCAUCCUACGAACAUUCCUUGACGCGCCUGAUUGCUUCGUGCAGCUGAAGCAUACCAAAGAAGAUUUGUCAGAUAUUGAGAUCUAUCUGGAUCGGAGCAAGAUUCUGACCCAUGGACGCCCUGCUGUUGAGCAGUAUUUGCAAAAGCUUCACAUUUUCAAAUCUACUGCUGAUGUUGUUGAGGGAAAAAAGUUGUACGAUGGAAUCACGCAUGUGGACGAAUGGUGGGGUCAGAAAUUGCGGCCGGUUGUGCUUCAGAAAAAGGUUCCCCGAAAAGUUUUUGUACAAGCGAACACUGUAUUGGACGGGGACAGGGUGGUGCUUAAGGAGUAUGACCCGACUCUGCAGGGAAUGAUUCAGAGCUAUGCUGAGCGUGAUGUGUAA